CAUGAAGAAGUCAAGCCUCAUCCUGGUAGCAGGCUGCUGCCGCUUACAGUACACGCAUUGGACGAUCAGCAGCUGUUGGUCAAAUCAGAACACUUCGUUUCAUCUCUUUUGUUGGAGCGAAUAAAGCAUUUAUUUCUAUCCAUCACGUUAUUUUGGGGAUUGUUCGCCAAGAGAGGACCGCGAGAAAGGGCGAGAAGUCACAACGGGCACUUGUGAGACUUGCACAAACAAGCCCUCCUCCUCCUCCUUCUUGUCUGCUCAUUAUUUGCUGAGAGAGAAGAACAGUUUCCACCGCCUGAGGAAACAUGAGCUUUCUUUUCGGAAGUCGCGCCUCAAAGACGUUCAAGCCCAAGAAGAACAUCCCGGAGGGCUCUCAUCAGUACGAGCUGUUGAAACACGCAGAGGCCACGCUGGGGAGCGGGAACUUGCGCAUGGCCGUCAUGCUACCUGAUGGCGAGGACCUGAACGAGUGGGUCGCGGUCAACACUGUGGACUUCUUCAACCAGAUCAACAUGCUGUACGGGACCAUCACAGACUUCUGCACGGAGGAGAGCUGCCCCGUCAUGUCUGCCGGGCCAAAGUACGAGUAUCACUGGGCAGAUGGAACCAACAUCAAGAAGCCCAUCAAAUGCUCCGCCCCCAAGUAUAUUGAUUACCUGAUGACCUGGGUUCAAGACCAGCUCGAUGACGAGACGCUCUUCCCCUCCAAGAUUGGCGUCCCCUUCAAGCGCAACUUCAUGUCGGUGGCCAAGACCAUCCUGAAGCGUCUGUUCCGCGUCUACGCUCACAUCUACCACCAGCACUUUGACUCUGUCAUGCAGCUGCAGGAGGAGGCCCACCUCAACACGUCAUUCAAACACUUCAUCUUCUUCGUCCAGGAGUUCAACCUCAUCGACAGGAAAGAGCUGGCGCCGCUUCAGGAGCUAAUCGAGAAGCUGACCACCAAGGACAGAUAAACGACCACAAGCCUCCCUCUUUUAACGGUCUUCUAGUUUUGCACAGACACUCCCCCCACCUUCCCCCCCCCCUUCCUCCUCCUCCUCCUCCUCCUCCUCCUCGGCUGUAUGUAUGCAGUAUAAACUAUAUUUCCAUUUGGGGAAAUGUUUUUAAAGAGGCCCGGGACGCCGAAACGGGUCGAGAUGGGUUUAUCGCACCGGGGGGCUUCAUCGUAUCAGGGAGUCAAGUGAACAAAAAAGAAAAAGUGUUUCUGAGGCAACGAUCCACCUUGAAUAUUCACAUUUGCUCUCCAACAAGAAGCGUUCUUGCAGAUGACAAUAAUAUUGUGUUAUGGUGUUAUGUUUUUCUUAAAGGGGGGGGGGGGCAAAGCCAUUCCGAGAACAGCCGAGUAGUUUUUUGCUGCUUGCUAGAACCGCAUCCUAAGUGCCUGGCCUGGCUGGCUUUGGCCCGGCAUCCACAGAGAAGACUGUAAGAAGGCCAUACCAAUCAAUUGACACCUGAAAUUGACACCUUGUGGAUUGAAUUCAAAGUACUUUGUAUUCUUCAGGAAGUAAUUUUUAGCUUAGUUAUUCUCCUCAGUGCGUUCGCUCGUUCUGAUUUCUAAACAGAUGCAGUUUUUUUUCCCCCCCUUAAAAGUAGCUUGUUCGUUUGCUGGGACGUACCCUUGUGAAAUGAAUGUUGACGCGUGGAAGCAGAUAUAAAGCAAACCCGGCUUCAAAUGUGAUCGCCACCGCGUCCGUACGGUGGAGCUGAUGAAGCACACAUUUUACUGCACUAGUGUGUAUUUUAGGCCGCAGGAAGCAAGCGCGAGCUAAACAGGAAAAGACAAGCAUCUGUCAGCAUAUGUUUUACGACGGCUCCAGCAGCUGCAAUAGUGUACAGUCUAUAAGAUAGGUUGAUAAGUACCACAGCAGCUUAGUUGACCAUCGAGCACUUUAAACAGUUCUCCUGACCUCUCGUCUGAAUGUCUCCUCUGCUUUGCGUUUCUUUUCCUCUAUCCCCCCCCCCCCCCCCCCCCUGCAUUCUCCCCCCUAAAAUGAAUGUUAGCCUGCGCUGAACUUGAGGCACAACCCACAUAUUUCAUUAGAUUUGUUUUGGUACUUUUUUUUUCUCCCCCCUUCCAACAGCUGCAUGUACAUCUCCCGCUCUCGAAAGUGUACUUUUACUAUGCAAUAAUAACUGACACACUAAAAGGUGCAGCUCAAUAAAUUGGAAUAGCUUUCAGAAUCACUA